GGACGCAGGACGCAGGACGCAGGGCCCGGGGCUCGCUCCGUCUGACUGGCUCGUCGCGCCCCCGUUCUAGCUCUAGCUCAGUCUGUCUGGGUCUUCCUCUCACACUCGCUCAGCCUGCCCCACCUCCUCCCCUUCGGGGCAGCCCAGGAUCCAGCGGGUGAGCUGGGGGGCGUCCCCAUUGUACGCGCCAGUGCGCCGGCUUUCCUCUCUUCUCUCCCGCUGGGACUGCGGAACCGUCCCCAGCUCGCUCGAGAUCGCCUUUAGGAGCGGAGCGGAGCGGAGGCGCAUCUGGAAGCAGCAAGGAGAGUCUGCCAGGCUCUGGGGAACGCCCGGCUGACAAGGGCCAGGGUCUGCGCUCGUAGGAGCUCGCUUUCCAGCCUGUUCCUGGAACUGCCAGCCCUCCAGGCAUCAUGGAAGAGUGGGAUGUACCUCAGAUGAAAAAAGAAGUAGAGAGUCUGAAAUACCAACUGGCUUUCAAGAGGGAGAUGUCUUCAAAAACAAUACCUGAACUGCUCAAGUGGAUUGAAGAUGGAAUCCCCAAUGACCCAUUUCUGAAUCCUGAUCUGAUGAAGAACAACCCCUGGGUGGAGAAGGGAAAAUGUACCAUCCUGUAGUGAGGGGCUCCAGCUCUCCCUCCCAGAUCCGCCCUGGAGCAGCAGCUACCAACCGGGACAGUGAAUUCUUCCCCAAACACGCCACUCUCUCCCACCGACUCAAUCUCUUCUCUCUGGUUUUCAGUUAGGUUCAUGGCACACUAAAGCAACCUUACUAUAUUGCCUUGGCUUCU